ACUGGUUUAUGUUUCUGGGAAACAUUCACAACAGCUCGAGCUUUGUGAAGAGAUGAACAUAAAGAACAACAUUCAUGAUACUGGUGAAAUGAGUGUGAAGGAUUACGUCAUAAUGGUCAGCUACACUGUUGGUACAGUGAAUUUCUCAUUCUUCCACAUGCCAAAGAUGCAUGACAUGUGACUUGCAGAACUGGUUCAGAAAACAGAUUUUUCCUUGUAUGUGUGUGUGUGUGUGUGUGUGUGUGUGUGUGUGUGUGUGUGUAGAGGAAAGACAUUCCAGAAUGAGUCUCUCUGGGGAACAGGACAAAAGGAAUGAACAAAGUCUGAUGGAAGGUGAGACAUCUGACUCACCUGAACCCAGCCAUAUGUCUGUGAAGACUGACUGGUCAGUAGAUCAACCAUGGAACAUAAGAGAUAAAAACAGUUUCACUGACCUGAGUUUGAUGGAGAGAUUAGACUCACCUGAACCCAGCCAUGUGUCUAUGAUGAGUGAAACCUCAAUAGAUCAACCAUGGAAUUUCAAAGCUAAUAAAAGAGACAGUUCACCAAGACCCCAAGAGGAGAGAUCAAAAAUAACCAGCAGAAAUCAACAGGUCAAGGAGUUGGAGUAUGAAGCCUUCACUCUGCUGAAUAAUGAAUUGAAAAAUUUCAGGGAUCUGCUGAGUUCAGAUCACACAUCCUGGUCUGAGAGUGAAGUGGACGAUGAUGAUGAUGAGGAUCAGAGCUCUGCCAGAGAGGGUGUACAGAGGAUCAUAAUGCACCUACUGAAGAAGUUAAACUAUUCAGAUCUUGCCAACACACUGCAGACCAGGCUGGACAAUGGGAUUCAUAAAAAAAUUAAAUCCAAAAUCAGUGAUAAAUAUAAAAUCAUUAAUGAAGGAAUCUCAGAGCAUGGAACCUCAACACUUCUGAAUGAGAUCUACACAGAGCUCUACAUCACAGAGGGUUGGAGUGGAGACAUCAAUAAUGAACAUGAGGUGAGACAGAUUGAGACAGUGUCCAGGAGACCAGUAACACAGGAGACACCCAUCAACUGUAAUGACCUCUUUAAGGACAAGUCCAUCAGAACUGUGCUGACUAAAGGAGUUGCUGGAAUUGGAAAAACAGUUUCUGUGCAGAAGUUCAUUCUGGACUGGACUGAAGGAAAAGCAAAUCAGGACAUCACCUUCAUGUUUCCACUUCCCUUUAGAGAGCUGAAUCUGAUGAAGCAGAAAAAUCUCAGUCUGAUGAAUCUUCUUCAUCACUUUUUCCCAGAAAUGAGAAAACUAGAAUUAAUAAACUGUGACUCCUACAAAGUCCUGUUCAUCUUUGAUGGCCUGGAUGAGUGUCGACUUCCUCUAAAUUUCCAGAAGAAUGAGAGAUUGUGUGAUGUGACAGAGUCAGCCUCAGUGGAUGUUCUGCUGACGAACCUCAUCAAGGGGAAUCUGCUUCCCUCUGCUCUCCUCUGGAUAACCUCUCGACCAGGAGCAGCCAAUCAGAUCCCUCCUGAGUGUGUAGACCAGGUAACAGAGGUACGAGGGUUUAAUGAUCCUCAGAAAGAGGAGUACUUCAGGAAGAGGAUCAGUGAUCAGAGCCUGGCCAAUAAAAUCAUCACACACAUGAAGUCUUCAAGAAGCCUCUACAUCAUGUGCUACAUCCCAGUCUUCUGCUGGAUCUCAGCCACUGUUCUAGAGAGAAUGUUGGGUGAAGCAAAGAGUGGAGAGAUCCCCAAGACUCUGACUCAAAUGUUCACACACUUCCUGAUCUUUCAGAUCAAACACAAGAACCAAAAGUACCAUCAGAAAUGUGACCCUGAUCCUCAGCAGACCAGAGAGAGUAUCCUGGCACUGGGAAAACUGGCUUUCCAGCAGCUGGAGAAAGGAAACCUGAUCUUCUAUGAGAAAGACCUGAGAGAGUGUGGCAUUGAUGUCAGAGAAGUGUCAGUGUACUCAGGAGUGUGUACCCAGAUCUUCAGAGAGGAGUUUGGGCUUCACCUGGGGAAGGUCUUCAGCUUUAUACAUCUGAGUGUUCAGGAGUUUCUGGCUGCAUUGUAUGUGUUUAUUACCUUCAUAUUAAACAACAAAAUUGUGAUAGGGCAGGAAAGCACUAGAAGUAUUUUUAUAUUUAAAAAACCAAGCAUCUCUGAUCUCCUGAAGUGUGCAGUGGACAAGGCCUUACAGAGUGAGAAUGGACACCUUGACCUGUUCCUCCGCUUCCUUCUGGGUCUCUCACUGGAGUCCAAUCAGACUCUCUUACGAGGCUUAAUGCCACAGACAGGAAGUAGUUCUAAUAACAAAGAGGAAACAGUCAACUAUAUCAGGAGAAAGAUCAAAGCAAAUCCAUCUCCAGAGAAAUUCAUUAAUCUUUUCCACUGUCUGAAUGAAAUGAACGAAAAUAGACUAGUAAAAGAAAUCCAAACUUACCUGAACAGAGCCAAUAAAAGUGCUCUCAGUGGAACCAGACUCUCUCCUGCUCAGUGGUCAGCUCUGGUGUUUGUAUUACUGAGCUCACAGGAGGAACUGAAUGAGUUUGACUUGACAAAAUAUCAUCCAUCAGAAGAGUGUCUCCUGAGGUUGCUCCCAGUGGUUAAAACAUCAGUCCAAGCUGUGAUGAGUAUGUGUAACCUGACAGAGGAAAGCUGUACAGCUCUGUCCUCAGUUCUCAGCUCAAAGUACACCAGUCUGAGAAAACUGGACCUGAGUAUGAAUAACCUGCAGGAUUCAGGAGUGAAGCUGCUCUCUGAUGGACUGAAGAAUCCACACUGUAAACUAGAACUACUGUGGUUGUGUAAAUGCAAUCUCACAGAGGAAAGCUGUGCAGUGUUAUCCUCAGUUCUCAGUUCUAACUCCUCCAGUCUAAAAGAGUUGAACUUAAGUGGGAAUAAACUGUAUGAUUCAGGAGUAAAGAAGCUCUCUAAAGGACUGAAGGAUCCAGACUGUAAACUGGAGAUACUCUGGCUGCGUGCAUGUGAACUUCAAGAGGAAAGCUGUGCAACUCUUUCCACAGUUCUCAGUUUGAACUCCUCCAGCCUGAGAGAACUAUAUUUGAGGAGCAAUAAACUGGAAGAUUCAGGAGUGAAGCUGCUCUCUGUGGGUCUGCAGAAUCCACACUGUAAACUGGAGAGACUGGGGCUGGUAGGGUGCAGUAUCACAGAUGAAGGCAUUGUAGCUCUAGUUUCAGCUCUGAGAUCAAACGCCUCAUCACAGCUGAAAGAGCUGGAUCUGUACGGAAAUAAACCUGGAAACUCUGGAGUGGCCCAGCUGAAAGAUCUACUGCAGGACCAAGACUCAAAACUGGAGACUUUAGACAUCAAGACAUAACUAUGGAAUGAACCUUCUGCACAGGAUUAUGACAGUCUUACAGUGCAAAGAUAUUAUGUGAAUUCACAUGCUAAAAUUUGUGAACUAAUCUGGCUUCAAAGCAGCACAUUCUCCAGAGACUACCCAUAUGGCUGUCACUGAGUCGCUACAUGCUCUUAGAUCAGCCAAACUGAUCAUCAAACUCAUCAUCAACCUUUCAGCAGCGUUUGAGACAGUUACCCACCAGACUCUCUGAUCCACCCUCAUGAGACAGCCAGUGGUAUUCAAAUAACCUCUAAAGUUCUACCUCUUCCAAAAGUACAUAAACAGGCACUUUAAAACUCUAAAAUUGGUGUCUGUGUCCUUUUCUUUCUGUAUUACCUUCUAACAGAGAUGUUAGACUGAUUGUGUGUAUUUGUACACUGUGUCCUAGUGAAACAGUAUCAGGAUAUAUUCAUUGAUAGACAUUUCAAAGCACUUUUGUAAAUUACAUGCAAUUUUAACUUUUAUAAUUACUCUUUCUAGUAAAAGAGAUUAUGCUUUUGUAAACCUACAUAUACUGGAAGCAAA